GGGGCCGCGGGCGAUGGGAUCCCAGCGCCCCAGAAGGUGCUCUUCCCAGCCCAGCGCCUUUGCAUGAAGUGGGAGCGGAUCCACCGUGUGGGUGCCGGGCUGAGUAACCUGGGCAACACGUGCUUCCUGAACUCAGCGCUGCAGUGCCUGACCUACACACCACCUCUCACCAACUACCUGCUCUCCCGGGAGCACGGACGCACCUGUGCCCAUGGAAGCUUCUGCAUGAUGUGCACUAUGCAGAACCACACGAUCCAGGCUUUUGCAAACAGUGGCAAUGCCAUAAAGCCACUGUCCGUCAUCCGAGAUCUCAAAAAGAUUUCCCAUAACUUGCAGUUCGGCAGGCAGGAGGAUGCACACGAAUUCCUGCGUUACACCAUUGAUGCAAUGCAGAAGGCCUGUCUGAAUGGCUACACCAAGCUGGAUCGCCAGACCCAGGCCACGACUCUGGUUCACCAGAUCUUCGGUGGUUACCUGCGGUCCCGUGUGAAAUGCUCUGAGUGCAAGACUGUGUCGGACACCUAUGACCCUUACCUGGACAUGACACUGGAGGUCGAGCGAGCUGCAAACGUCGUGCGGGCGCUGGAGCUGUUUGUGAGGCCGGAGCAGCUAGGUGGGGAAAACGCCUACAUGUGUGGCAAGUGCAGGAAGAAAGUGUCAGCCAGCAAACGCUUCACCAUCCACCGAGCCUCCAAUGUUCUCACCAUCUCACUGAAGCGCUUUGGCAGCUGCAGCACUUCACGUGGAAGGAAAAUCACCAAGGAUGUGGGAUACCCCGAGUACCUGGACAUCCGCCCCUACAUGUCUGAGCCCAAGGGCGAUCCUGUCGCGUACGGACUCUAUGCAGUGCUGGUCCACUCUGGGUACAGCUGCAAUGCAGGGCACUACUUCUGCUAUGUGAAGGCCAGCAAUGGGCAGUGGUAUCAAAUGAAUGACCAUGAGGUUCGCCCCAGCAACAUCAAGGUGGUCCUCAACCAGCAGGCCUAUGUGCUGUUCUACCUGAGGCUCUCCAGCCCCAGGAAGAGCUCAACAGGGCCUGUGGCCAAGGCUGCCUCCAGCAUGUCCAGCCACAUUGACGGUAACUCCAACCAGGUCAAGAAAAUUGGGACUAACGGGACCCUGUCCGGAUCACCCAUGGGCCUGAAACGAGCCGAGCUGCUGGGGAAGGGGCUACCAGGUCUGGAUGAUGUCGGAGUCCCUGUGUCCCGCAGCGCUCUCGGAACAGGGUUGAAGCUGACAAACGGAAUUGCUUCAUCUAAGCUGUCUCCUCAGACCCCAUCCUCCAAACUGCCCCACAAGGCCACACCAUGGCUUCCUGAUGCAGCCCAGAAGCCCAAGAAGCUGCAGACACCUGCCAUGCCCAGGGCAGGCUUCCAUGUCACCAGCAGCAUGAGCGGAGCUGAAGCAGGGCUGCCCCGUCAUGACUCGGACAGCAAGAAGCCACCUACGUCAUCCAAGCUGCUGAAGUCCAACCAAGACCCCAGUUGUGAUGGAGCCGUGGCUGGGACCCUGAAGAAGGAUUCCCAUGGCAGCACGGCAGGGCAGCUGGCCAAGGAGAUCCACAAGGCCAAGAGCAAUUCCAGCAGCUUCUGCACCUCUCAGGGAAGGGACUCUGGCACCCACCUCUCUGCUGGCCCUGGUGCCAAGCCAGCUGUCCCCAAAGACUCUGAGCUGGCUGCCCACAAAGUCUCCAAGACAGCCACUGUGAAACCCUCUGUGCUGGGCAGCACCACGUCACCACCAACAGCCAAGAAACUGGCACUGUCUGGCAAAAAGGGCAAAACCUGGCAGAAAGUGAGCAGGAGUGACCACCACACACAGUCCCACCCUGCGGACACCACCCACCGUGACUCCACUCCUGAGCCCCUGGGCAAGUCCAGCAGCAGGGAGAAAGGAUCCAGCCAGGUGGAACCAGAGGGUUCCUGCAAAAAGAGGCGCCGAAAGAGGAAGCAUCAUAGUGCAAACAGGACUGUGGCUGUGAGGGACAUGGAUGAAGUCUCCAGUCCCCCCAAUAAGGAGAGAAUUGUCUCUCCAGAGGACUUCAAAGACAAAGACUCCAGGCCCCCCAAGAGGGAGGUCAUUGGCUCUCAGAAGAACUUCAUGGAUAAAGACUCCGGACCCCCUAAGAAGAAGAGACUUGUCUCUCCAGAGGACUUCGUGUCCAGCCUGGGGAAGGAGGCAGCAGGCCAGAGUCCCAGUGAUGCCCCAGACUGUCACGACACGGAAAGCAGGCCCAAGCAGCAUGUGUCAGAGCCCAGUGUUGACCUGGGCAUGAAGCCAAACUUCUCCCUCAAGAGGAAGAAGAAGAAAAAGAAGAAUAAGAGCAAGGAGAGGCCAGUGGAGAAGGCAGAAGAGAACCACUCUGGGAUGCUGUCACUGGACAGCUCCAGGAGGACUGAACCAGAGCCACAGACACAUCAGAGCAUGGAGACUGGAGAGCGCAAGCACCGCAAGCGCAAGCGGAUGGACAACCUCAGCAGCCCAGCUGCCAACGCUGCCCAUGCCACCACCGCCACCCCAGCCCCGGCGGGCCAGGAGUCCAGCGUGGUGGGCGAGCUGCUCCAGAACUGCUUGGACAAAGCUUAUGGCAAACAAGUCUUAACGUGGCAGGGUGAGAUUUCGGCUGUCAGCCAGGAUGCUAUUCGGGACACAGCAUGCGCCCGGAGCGAGACUGUCAUCGAUGAGUGGGACCAGGAGUUUGACAAAGGAAAAGUAAAGAAAAUGAGAAAGAUGAAGCAGGAGCGGAAGAGAGACUCGAAUCCCUUCCAGAAGCUGCAGAACAAGCGGAACUUCUGGUUGAUGUCGCAUCCUGCCAAGAUGGCCAGCCUGGGCCACUGGCUCUGA